AUGACCAUAUCUGGAAAUGAUGACGGUCCUGAUGUCACUGUGACAAAGAACCAUAGAGGAUCUCACUCACUAUGGUUCUUCGUCACAGUGACAUCAGGACCGUCACCGUUUCCAGAGAUGGUCAUUGUAGAGAUGGUGGAUGAUUUUCCAGUGGGUUACUAUGACAGUGCGGAAAAAAGGAUGGUCGCAUGGAAAAACUGGGAAAAGGAAGAGACUGAUUUACAGUAUGCAGUGAUUAGGAAAAAUGCAAUCGAUCCUUGCACAGACAGAAUGAAACAAAGGCUGCACCUACUGAUGGAGCAUUAUAAUCACAGUGGAGGUCUCCUUACAGUUCAGAGGAUAGCUGGAUGUGAGCUGGAUGCAGAUGGCACAGAGAGAUUCAAGAGAGUGGAUGCUUACAAUGGAGAAGACAUAUUUAAAUUUGACAGUGAAUCUGUGGGCUGGUACAGUCUCAUUCCAGAAAUAGAAGAACACUUCAGCCAAGACCCUUCAGAGAACUUUUUUGCCCAAACAUUUUCUCCUUAUCUGUGCAUUUCAUUAUUGAAAAGCCACCUUCAGCAGCUGAAUAACUUACUGAACCGAAAAGUGCAUCCUAGAGUCAGAGUGAUCCAUAAACAGGACAGAGACUCUGGGGGGAUGGAGGUGACCUGCCUGGCGACCGGCUUCUAUCCCCGACACAUCAACAUGACCCUGCAGAGGAACGGCCAGCCUGUAACAGACCAGGAGCUGACCAGGGGGGAACCCCUUCCCAAUGGAGACGGGACGUACCAGCUGAGGAGGAGCCUGAGUGUUGGUGCCGAGGAGCUGAGAGAGAGACACCUCUACACCUGUACUGUCAUACACAGCAGUGUGGACAACAAACUGGAUGUCAGCUGGGAGUUCCAGCCAACUCGGAACAAUCUGGUCCCUCUUGGAAUAUCAUUUGUGGUUCUGACUGCACUUGUACUCACCAUGUUUGGCCUCUGCAUCUGGAAGAAAAGAGACACUGUGUUCAGAAAGACCCCCCAGUCUGUCUCGGAUGUGCAGCACACAGCAGUGGGAAUGAAGAGUCUUCAGAUGCUUCAGAACCACUUCAGACAGUUACAUAGUGCCUUCAACACCAUACAGCCUUUAUUGCUGGGAGACAAGAUCAGAUGCAUGCGAGUGGACGCCCCGCUUGUGACCUGGAUUACUGACUACCUGACCAACAGACCACAGUACAACUCAGAGUUAUGCCACCUUCAGAAGUUCUCUGAUGACUCCGUUAUCGCGGGGUGUAUCAAGGGGCAACAGGAGGCAGAAUACAGGGGAUUGAUAGACAGCUUCGUGGAGUGGUGCAGCCUGAACCAUCUGCAGCUAAACGUAGGCAAGACGAAGGAGCUGGUUGUGGACUUCCGCAAGUAUAAACCUGCUCAGACCCCUGUCGCAAUCCAUGGAGUAGAAGUUGAAGUAGUCCACUCCUACAAAUACCUUGGAGUGCACUUAGAUGACAGGCUGGAGUGGACUACUAACACAGAUGCCCUUUACAAGAAGGGCCAGAGGUAG